CACCACCAGUGGAGCCUUCAUGAGCUUCUCUAGCCAGUCCACACUUUCCACAUUGAGUUUCCCAGAGCACUGAGGGAUGGAGCGCUUCAUCUUCUCCCUGCUGGUGCUGGCGGUCUCUGCCUCAGGACAGCUCUGCCCGAAGCGCUGCAUGUGCCAAAACCUGUCGCCAUCACUCGCCAUACUCUGUGCCAAGACGGGCCUGCUCUUCGUGCCCACGGUGAUUGACCGGCGGACGGUGGAACUUCGUCUCACUGAGAACUUCAUCACAGCAGUGAGGAGGAGGGACUUUGCUAACAUGACGAGCCUCCUACACCUGACACUGUCACGCAACACCAUCAGCCAGAUCAUGCCUUACACCUUCGCUGACCUCAAACGGCUGCGGGCGCUGCACUUGGAUAGCAACCGCCUCAGUGUGGUCACGGACGAUCACUUUCGGGGUCUCACCAACCUGAGGCACCUUAUUCUAGCCAACAACCAGCUCCAUAACAUCUCGCCACAUGCUUUUGACGACUUCUUGGGAACCCUUGAAGAUCUGGAUCUAUCGUACAAUAACCUGGUGGACAUCCCAUGGGAGACCAUUGGAAGGCUUACCAAUGUGAACACGCUCAACAUGGACCACAACCUCAUAGAACACGUUCCCUUAGGGGUCUUUUCCAACCUGCACAAGCUAGCUCGACUGGAUAUGACCUCCAAUAAACUAAAAAAGAUUCCUCCUGAUCCUUUGUUUCUUAGGAUACCGGUCUAUGCCAAGUCCAAGGGCUCUCCACUGUCCUCGCUUGUUCUUAGCUUUGGAGGAAACCCACUCCAUUGUAACUGUGAGCUUCUCUGGCUGAGGAGGCUUACAAGAGAGGAUGACUUGGAGACUUGUGCCUCUCCUCCUGAUCUUACUGCUAAAUACUUCUGGACAAUUCCAGAGGAGGAGUUUAUCUGUGAUCCACCUGUGAUCACAAGGAGGUCCCCAAAGAUCUUGGCCAUGGAAGGCCAGCCUGCCAGCCUGAAAUGCAAAGCCAAUGGUGACCCAGACCCAGAUGUCCACUGGAUCUCUCCCGAGGGUCGUCUGAUCUCCAACACUUCCCGCACUUUGACCUUCAGCAAUGGCAGCCUGGAGAUAAACAUCACCUCUUUGAAAGAUACAGGAGUAUUCACCUGUAUUGCAUCUAAUGCUGCUGGGGAGUCUACAGGCACUGUGGAAUUGGUGGUGAGUCCACUUCCUCACCUGGCCAACAGCACUAACCGGGUCCGCGAGCCUGAUCCAGGGCCAUCUGAUAUUUUGACAUCUGCCAAGUCCACCUCAUCUUCUAGCAAUGACACAAGGACUCAGGAGAAGAAAAUGGUACUCGCGGAGCUUACUGCAAACUCGGCUCUCAUCAGGUGGCCUUCACAGCAGCAUUUUCCUGGGAUCAGGAUGUACCAGAUUCAGUACAACAGUUCAUCAGAUGACACCUUGGUCUACAGGAUGAUACCGUCCACAAGUCAGGACUUCCUGGUGAGGGACCUGGUGUCAGGGCGAGAGUACGACCUGUGCGUGCUGGCCGUCUACGACGACGGCAUGACCUCACUGACAGCCACGCGGCAAGUGGGCUGCGUCACAUUUGUCACAGACACGGAGUACAGCCAGUGCCAGUCUCUCCGCAGCCACUUUCUGGGUGGCACCAUGAUCAUAAUCAUCGGCGGCAUUAUUGUUGCUGCUGUUCUGGUCUUCAUCAUCAUCCUCAUGAUACGCUACAAAGUCUACAGCCAACAAGGGGCCGAGGCUGGUAAAGGAAUGGCCAUGACUAAUGUCCGCUCGCAGACCAACGGAGGGCAGGCAACCGGGCAAGUUCCACGUUCAGCCUCCAAAGUCACAGAGGGGCAAGAGCAGGGGACAGGGUUAGCAGGGAGCGCAGGGGCGCAACCCCCUUCCCUCAAAGACUCCGCUGCCAUGGCUCUAGUGGUGGACUGUGAGAAAGGCAUGGUCAGCUUAGAGACAGGUGGCGAGGGCGUCAUGUCGCCCACACAGAAGCGCCUCUCCAGGACUUGUGUAGAGGUCAAAAGGCGACCUUCGCUAUCCACCAAUGAAGGAACGACGACUGUGGACAUGUCGGGAAACACGACAGGCCCGCAGGUCAGCGAUGAGAAAAAGGUUCAGCGAGACUGGAGCGACUUUAAAAUUUGAUGACUCCUUCUGCUGUCCCACAAGAGGCAGCCAUCAACCCUGAAAAUGCUCUCUAGGUCACCAGAAAUCAGGGAGAACUAAAUGAUGGAAUCAUUUGUCAAAAAACGAAAAAAAUAAAAACAAAAAAUCCUGUGGAACAUUCUCCCUCAAGCUCACUCUUCACAAUGUAUCCCCAGGACUAUCCAACCGUUUCCACUCGGACAUAUUUGAGGACUUGAUUCACUGUUGCAACAAAAAGGAAACAGAGCACAUGGUUGUUUUCCAUCGCUAGCUUUUGGGAACGUAUUGCCUUUUAACCCCCGCUGUGGUCAGGACUGUCAUGUGUUGCUGCCAACUACAGUAUGCACCAUUACCUGGAUGAUCUGUGUCCAAGGAUGGCUCUUCAGCAGAGGGUUUUCCCCUUCUGCCAUCCUUACAGACAUCCAGACUUCACCCAUACGAAGGAUUUUAAAGAAAGCCUCACGUCUGCCACUCUCAUCAACCUGACCUCUUCCUCUUCCUCCUUAUCUAUGUCAGUCAUUCUCCAUCCGCCCAGUGAGAACUGAAACAGGACUCAAACCGAUGAAUAAGUGGUGACAAACAGGUCCACUUGGGAGCACAAAUAUAUUAUGAUCU